CUUUACUUUACUCUCUUCUCUUGCUAUUCUUGCAUCCUCCUUUCCUUCUGCACAGCUUUGAAACAGUCGACGUCAUUUCUCUCGCGCUGUUUGACUUGCUUCCUUUUGUUUUAGGCUUCUUAAGGCCUACGAACCACUGUGAAGCAGUUUGCAUUUGUGGGCGUGCUCGUUUUUUGUCAGUCCACUUUGCAGCUGUAGCGCGACACUCCCUCUCCAGCGCCCAUCAGCCUCUGCCGGCUUGUGCUUUGGAACUCGACACUGCUAUGGAAUAGGUUUCUGGCGGUUCAGGAGCGUCGCCGUGGAGUUGGCGACAUUUCGCUUGUCGGCAUUUUAACAUCUCGGCGAGCACCACACUUCACCAGCUUGGAGCAGGCGGCGUAUCAACCUUUGUGGUUGGUCAUUUGCAUCCGCGCGUGCAGCAGGGUGAUUUGGGUGUGGCGGUCGGGGGAGCCCUGCAGCACUUGGCUGUCUUUUUGGGGUGUGGCUCGUCUUCGUGCCCUUGUUGCCUGGCGCCCGGCUGCCUGGCGCCCGCCCUGCUGUGAUGCCCUACUUGGCAGCGGACCGCACCCCUGCAGGUGGGGGCAGCACUGCCAGCCCGUUCUUCAGCCCCGGGCUGCAGCUCCACCUUGCCCUGUCCACGCAUAGCCUGGCGCACGGUGUGCAGGACCUGACGACGCAGCCUCAGGGCCCCAGCCUGCCUACCUACCCAGUCCUUCUGGUGGGUGCCACCACGGGGCUCCCAGAGGGCGAGCAGCUGUCCUCAGCCGGCGUCCGGGAGGUGACCAGUGCUGCCCUGUCAGUGCUGGACACCAUGUGCAGGCAGGGCAACCAGCCGCAGCUCUUGCAGGGCCACUCUCUGCACAGCACAGGCCGCCCCUCCCGCACGUUUGCGGGGCUGGCCUUCAGCCGGCGCGCGACCAGCGCCAGCAAAGCAGCCUUCACAGCGGAGCUCAUGCGCAAGUCACCGCUGGCGGUACCGCUCCAGCGCGGUCAGGCUGUCCUCACGGUUCACGUGCCAGUGGACACCCGGCCCAUCAUUCCGGGCACCUACACCGUCACGGUCAAGAUGGUAGGGGGCCCUGUGUGGGGGGCUUUCCGCGGUCGCACCGAUUUGGUGCUGCAGGCGGGCGGCUAUCCCACCACCUCGGACCCCUCUAACCUGGCGUGUGCUUAUGUGGUCUCAGAGCAGUGCGCCAAAUCGGUGGGCCCCAAGGGGGAGCCCCAGGCCCCCGCAGGCCAGGGCAUCACCAACCACAUCUUUGCCUGUGUGCGGGGCCCCAGCUGGGACCCGCAGCUCUCUCACCUGCACUGUGCCAAGUUUGAGAUGCCCGGUGAGGAGCCCAUGCAGGUGGAGGUCCGUGGCGCCCCCCAGGCGGCUGGGACAGCCACGACAGCCGCGGCAGGUAGCCCUGCUCCGGCUGCAGCCGGGGUCGCCGACCUGGGUGGCAACACCUUGGGUGGGGUGAGGCCCGCGGCUGCCAUGGCGACCGCAGCGGACAUCGUUGACCACGUAGGGGACGUGCAGAUGCAGGAGGCGGCGGGUUUGGGUGACGCGGCGGCUGCAGCUGGUGGCGCCAGUGGGCCACUCAGCGGGGCCCUGCCCCUACUGCCAGUUCUGGUGGCGGGGGGAAGCAACCGUGCUGCUGCGGCUGCCCUGCGGGCCGCGCUGCAGCAGCAGCCCUCUUCGCAGCAGCGGGUGGCAACGGGAGGGCUUAGCGGGGUCCAGCCGGCGGAAGGCGUGGGGGGGCCGCCGGCGGCCAGGCCUCGCCCUGCCAAUUAUGCCAAUGCUGGGCCGGCUGGCGUGCAGCAGCAGCACAGUGGCGCUCCCGCGCCAUGGCCGCCCUUGGAUCAGCGGGCCGCUGCCGGGCAGGAUCAGGAGCAGACAGCUGUGAUGCGGCGGUACUUGGCCGAUUUGGCGGACCUCGAUCUCCAGCAGAAACGGCGGUUACAGCAACAGCAGCAGCAGGAACUGCAGCGCCAGGGGCAGUCGCCCAGGCCCCGGACUGGCUCCCAGGUUGUGGUCCUGGCCACGCGGGGGGGGCAGGACGGGGCGGGCGGUGGCCCUGGCGUGGCGGCGUCACGGCGUGGGCAAUGUGUUGACAUAGUUGACCACGUGGGGGACGUGCAGAUGCAGGAGGCGGCGGGUGUGGGUGACGCAGCGGCUGCCGCUGGUGGCGCCCACGGACCACCCACCGUGGCCUCGCCCUCGCUGCCAGCUCUGGUGGCGGGGGGAAGCACCCGUGCUGCUGCGGCUGCCCUGAGGGCCGAGCGGCAGCAGCAGCCCUCUUCACAGCAGCGGGUGGCAGCGGGAGGGCGUAGCGGGGGGCAGCCAUCGGCAGGUGUUGGGGGGCCGCCGGCGGCCAGGCGUCGCACUGCCGGUGCUGGGCCGGCUGGCGUGCAGCAGCAGCCCAGUGGGGCUCCCGCGCCACAGCCGCCCUUUGAUCAGCGGGCAGCUGCUAGGCAGGAGCAGAAGCUGCAAGUUGUGAUGCGGCGGUACUUGGCCGAUUUGGCGGAACUCACUCUCCAGCAGCAACGGCGGGUACAGCAACAGCAGCAGCAGGAGCAGCAGCGCCAGGUGCAGCCACCCAGGCCCCGGACCGGCUCCCGGUUUGGGGUCCUGGCAACGCUGGGGGGACAGGACGGGGCGGGCGAUGGCGCGGCCACGGCGGCGUCCGGGCGUGGGCGACGGGUGCAACCAGCCGCGCACGCACCGCCGCCGCCGCUGCUGCAGCAACAGCCCAGCUCCAAAGGGCGCUGUGGCCCCGCCCAGCUCCCGCAGCAGAGGGCAGCGCGCUUGGGCGGCGGGCUGCCCUCCCCGCAGGACGGGGCUAGCUCGCCGCCGCACGUGCCCACGGGGCGGCCGGCAGGGGGACAGCAGGCUGGUGGGGGCAGCGGGUCGGGGCGCCAGGGUGGAGGAGCGGGGCGGGCAGUGCCCCAGGCGCCGCCCCAGGCGGGGCUGCCACUGCAGACAUCACAACCGGCGGGUGGUGGUAAGGACAGGGGCAGGGGCCUGCGCGCGCCGGCUGGGGUUUCGGCCGACACGGCUGGGCUCGCUGGUGGGGGUGCGGGCAGUGAGGCGGAGUACGGGGCCGUUUGCCUGAAUCGUGACACGUGUGUUGCCAUCGGCUCUGACCUCGUGACGCACCAGAACCGCUGCGCAGAUGUGCAGGGGUAUGAGUGGACGCAGCUUGGCCGCGAUGCGCUUGGUGGCCGCCUCCUCGCCUACCUCCGUGACCAGGGCGCCACCGUACCGGACUGGGCCGUCUGCCGCGUGCCGGCCGGCCGUACCGCCGUCCUGGCACAGCUGCACGACGAGUUCACUGGCUGGUGGCGCCUAUACUCAGCCCAGCCUGCAGACACGCCCCUGCCUUCCGACGUGACGGAGCAGCUGGAUGACGCCGCGCAGCAGGUGCAGACGGCCUACAUGGACUACGUGCUCCUAGACGCCCGCACACUGCGGUCCGCUAAGCGUGGGCCGGCGGACCCCGGCGGGGCCAGCGGGCCCAGCCGCCGGCAACGCCAGCACCGCAGCCGCAGUACCUCCAGCCUCAUGAGCCUGGGCAGCGCUCCAUUGCGCCCCGGCGGCACCAGCUCAGGCGCCGCUAGCAUGAGCACCAGCAGCGGCGGCGCGCCCCCCAGCCAAAGUGGCGGCCGCCGCGGCAAACACCACAGCAGCAACAGCAACCGCAACCGCCACGGCGCUGCCGUGGCCGUGAAUGUCAACGGCCUGGGCUCGCCGCUCAAGGCGCGGGCGCUGGUCUCGCACCUGCAGCAAGUUGGGGCGGAUGUGGCGAUGGUGCAGGAGACCCACGCUACUGACACGACGGCGCUGGAGUCUUGCCUUCGUGCCGCGCAGGGGGCGUGCCUUCCGUGGCGCCACUGCCUCGCUGCCAGCCCGGCAGCAUCGCCCCACUCCUGUGGGGCGGCUAUCCUGGCGCGGAGUCGGCUGUCCCUUCCAGGCUGCGUACUGCAGCCGCCGUCAACGGAUGCGGCGGGCCGUGUGGUAUGUUGGGAUUGGGACGUGGGUCACUUGCGCCUGCGCUUCGUGUGUGUGUAUGCGCCCACGGCCGUGGCGGACAAGCCUGCUUUCUUUGCCGGGCUGCAUCCCCACCUGGCCACGGACAGGGUGCUUGUUGUCGGUGGGGACUGGAACUGUGUCACCGAUGCCAGUCAGGAGGCGGCCCCUAGCCCGUCACGUGCUGCAGGUGCCCCGCAACUUGCCAGCCUCCUCGCCCAGUUCAGUCUGGUGGACCCUUGGGCGAGCAAGCGUGGCGGCGCCAAGGGCUACAAGCAUCCGGCCACGCCCAAGCCGGCCACUCCUGCACGCCUGGAUCGGUGGUAUGUCAGUGCCACCGCGGCGCCGUGGGUGGUGGAUGUCGCUCGCACGUAUGGGGCGCCUGGGGACCACAACGGUGUGCUGCUCACCCUGUCCUUGCCCGACCUGCCACAUGCGCACCGGGAGCAGUGGCGCUUCCCCACAUACCUGCUGUUUCACCCCUCGCUGCGUUUGGAGCUCGAGCAGCGCUUGGAGGCGCACGUUGCCGCCAAUCCCGUGGCCAGUACAGGUGACGGCGCUUGCACGCAAUGGGAGGCGGACAAGUUCUUCGUGCGGGAGGCCGCCACCAGCAUCCACCGUCGGCAUGCACGCCAGACCCGGGAUGGGCUGCAUGGCGUGGUGCUGGCCGCAGACACGGCCGCUGCCCUGGCCGACCGGCCGGGUGCCAGCGCCGCGCAGCGUCAGGCUGCGGCCAUGGCCAACUUGGCGGUGCGGGAGGAGCGGGCAGCUGCCGCAGCGGCCAGCCACAAUGCCCGCGCGGCACUGAUGGAGGAGCAUGGGGAGCGGGGCACUCGCUGGUUCCAUCGGCAGGCUGACGAGCCAGCAGCCGGCGCGCAGGAGCCCAUCACGCACUUGAAGGUGCCGGGGCAACCAGCGCCUGUGGCGCUCACGGGGCCGGGCACGCGCAACACUGUCUCUGCAGCCGCCGCAGCCAUGUACAGCAGCACCAGCCCCACCGGCCUGUUCCGCGUGCAGCCGGUCUGUACGGCGUCGCAGCAACAGCUUCUGGCGGCCAUUGACCGCAAGGUUCCGGCGGAUCUGCACGCCGCCGCAGAGGGGUCCGGUGACGGCACCCUCAGUGAUGCCGAGCUGAUGGCAGCGCUGGCUGGCUCCGCCAAUGGUAAAGCACCUGGGUCGGACGGGGUUCCGUACGAGGUGUACAAGGUCUUCUGGGCGCUGCUGGGCCCGCGCUUGUGUGCUGCUGCUGCCGCUGCCUUUGCUGCCGCUGCAGACGCCCACGAUGGCGGCGAAAUGGCAGCGGCGCUGCCUGCCUCCUGGCGGGAGGGCAUCAUUACGCUCAUCUACAAGGGCAAAAGCCUGGACCGCGCCGAGCUGGCGUCCUACCGGCCCAUCACGCUGCUCAACUGCGACUUCAAGAUGGUGUCCAAGGCCGUCAGCGCCCGCCUGCAGCCCGCCCUGGAUGCAGUUGUGGAUGAGCUGCAGACCGCGUUCAUCACCGGCCGCUGGAUUGGAGACAACGCGCUGUACCUCCAAGGACUGGAGCCCGCUUAGUCAGCGCCACAUCUGGCCCGUUUAGUUUUCUGCUUGUGUCUCCUCUGCCGGUUCUCCUGGGGUGUUGCUUAAGCAACCGACUUGUGGGGGUGGGGUGGGUUUGGGCGGGGCGAGUGCGUAGCGCUGGUGUUUCUUUUUCUGGCGCGCGGUGGUGGUGGUUCUUGCGGUUAGGCUGUGGUGUAGGUUGGUGCUUGGGUUAGGUCUGGCGGUGU